UGCGGUCGGUUUUCGUGGAGUAAUUUUAUCUCAGCGUUUUGCAUGAAGCAAACAUUGAAAAACUUGCAAGUUAUACGAUAGAAUUCGUAGUUUUAUUGGCAACUUCAUGAAAAUGUACGUAUAAAUAAUGUGGCGGAAAAUUUAAGUGAAAAUAACAAAUCAAGUCUAGAAAAAAUGCCUACUCCAAGUUGGGCGUGCGUGACAAUAGAAAUGUCGUAGACGUCGAUCGAUUGCAAAUGUGAAAAAAUAUUAAUUGUAAAUAUAUAUUAACUGCAGGAGAAAGUUUACCCCAUAACUGUGAUGUUUUGAUUUGUGUGGGAACAAUAACAAGGAUCUACAAUGUCUGAUAUGAAACAAGUGAAAGUGGAUAAUUGGGGAAUUUAUUUCCUUCAAAGAUUGAAGCAUUUCUUCAACCGGACUGAUUAUUGUGAUCUAACACUACAGUUCCAAGACAAUGCUCAACUCAAGGUACAUAGACUAGUACUUAAUGCAUGCACUGAAUACUUCGAACUGCUUGAAAGAACAUGCGAGAUGUACGAGGAUUGUUUGGUUAUGCCGGAUGACUUGCAAGCCGACGUCGUGGUACCUAUAGUUAACUUUAUGUACACCGGCCAGCUCGGUUUCAAGCCAGAAUUGUUGGAAAGACUUUAUCAAACAGCACAGGUAAUGAAUAUGCCAGUCUUGACUAAACUACUAGAUGCCCACAGAAAUCAAAUGCAGCGAACAGGUCACGAUUAUCAAAAUUUAAGAUCAUAUUCAAAAUCAUUUGAAUCCUCCAAACAAUCAAAGUCACCAGCAGUGGCAUCGACUAGUUAUACAAGCACAAAGCGUUCAUACAGUAAAGCUUUUGAUAAUGCAUUUCCUACAAAAGUUAAAAAACAAAUUGUUGAAAAAAAUUCUCACAAGCUUGAUCAAAAUUUACCAAAUAAUGAAUCUUCAUAUUCACAAAAAGAAUCCACAGAAUAUCCGGUAAAGAAAAAACCUUCAAUUGCUGAAUCACGACCAACAAGAUAUGAGCUACCAGAAGAAUUAGAUGGUGACAAUAUCUUUGACAACUCAUUUACAAGUAUAUCAUAUGAGUCAACACCAUUGAUGGUGCAUCCCGAGACUGUAAAGCGUUAUUCUUCCAAAAAGACUAACAUUUUUGAUGAGACUUCUAGUACUAAAAGAUUGCUUCAUGGCACAUCUACAUUAGACAUUGUAGAAUGUAAAAAACUUUCAACAAAUGAAAACAUUUUUGAUGAUGUCUCUGAAAAUGUUCAAGAUGAUGCAUUCUCUUCAGAUGUUUCUACACGACAACAGAAAGACUCAAAUCAACUUUUUGAUCUAAUUUUGGAUAAUGAUAAUUCAAAAGCAACAAUAGAAAUUAAGGAUAGUGAAACAUCUAAGAAGCCAAAAAUAGAUCAUGCCAAAAUAAUAAGUGAUGUUCUCAAAAAAUAUCCACACUUGGUAAAGAGUAAUAAAAAUAUAAAACUAAGGGUAUUGGAUGCUCCUAUUAAAUCUAAAAAAUCCAAGUCUGCAAGUUUUUAUCAUGAUGAAAAAGAUGUAAAACCAAAACAUGAACAGGAUUGGACACUUGACAUUGAUGUGCUUGAUUCAAAAGGAGCUGCAAAGCUAAUAGCGAUGGGGGUUGAUAAUGUCAAGGGCCCAUGGAUAUGUCUCAUCUGUGGUACACCUGGACGAGCAUUACAUUUCGGCUCCUAUUAUAAAUUCCGAAGACAUUUAAUAGAAGUACACAAUGAAAAACCAGUUGUAAAUAUGUGUGAAUAUUGUGGAUUGAAAUCACAUAAAAGAAAUUACCUCUUGCACCAUUUAUACACCAAGCAUGGUGUGCCUCCACCCUCACCUUAUUAUUUCCCAAAGUGUAAUCAAUGUCCUUACAUAGCUUUAUCUGAAGCAUUACUCGUGAAGCACAAAUCAACACAACAUGAUGAUAGCAAAACCUUUGCUUGUAAUGUUUGUGCCGCCACAUUCAGUUCCUCAACAAGGCUGCUUACACAUAUUCAAAUGACGGGACACAAGUACAGUGCUGAUAGAAGAACAAUAUUGCAUUGUAUUUAUUGUUAUAAAACAUUCUCUCGAGAAACAAAUCUCUACAGCCAUUUGAAAUAUAAUCAUAAACAAUCAGCACAAACUGAUAAGAUUAUUGAGGAAUCGGAUGAUGAAAAAGAGUACAAAAGGCCUACAAGUGGAAAAUCUGAUAAAACCAAAAAUAUUUCUCUUACCUAUACAAAUGAAUAUGAAAAUAUAGAUGUCAAGUAUCAAAUACAACAGAAACCAGAUGGUAACAUUCAAGUGCUUUCAAAAUUGCCACAGUCUCCUUCUUCAUCAAAACAUAAGAUAUUAAACCCCUCCUUUAAUUCACCUACUAAAUCAGCCCAAAAAUCAGAAUUAUCAUUAAGCAACAAAACUAAAUCAGAAAUUUGUGAAGUAAAACCUUCUAAAAUCAUUAAUAAAGAAGAUGAAAUUGUUGUAAUUAAUGGAAAUGAAUAUAUUAUUAAGGAAAAUCAUCUAAUUCCAAGGUCACAAAAUGCCCCUGAAAACGAAGAAUAUAUAUUAGGCAAUGACACAGAACAAAGUGAAAACAAUUCAGUACCAACUACUUCAAUGGAGUUUCCUAUUAUUCAACACACCAAUACCGAGGAUUCUAAAAUGAUUAUUAAGAAACCAAUUCAUGUGAAUGAACCAAUAGAAAUUGUUGUUUCAAGCGAAGAACAAUACAAAGCCUUGAUGUCAUCAACUCAUUCUAUUAUUUUUGAGGAACCGAAUAAAACACUGACAGUUUUAACUGCACCUCAAACUUCUACAAUUGAAGGUACUACUAUUGAUCUUGAUAAUACUCAAACUAAUGAUAUGAUGAUAAUUCAAGAAAAUUAUCCAUUAAAUGUGUCCGAAACUGUUUCUACUGACAAUAACAAUAUUGUUGUAGUAUACAGCCACCAAGUGGAUGAUUCAAGUAAACAAUUCCAAUACAUACCAACUCAAGGUAUUGAGGCACAAUUCAUACAAUCUUCAGCUAUGGUGACUCAAAAUUAUGGUACUGUAACUACAUCCACUCCAGUUAUGAGUGUCCAUACAUUAGAUACUAAUGUGAAUGAGUCAUGGCAGAAUAGCCUUAAAGAAAGUGUUGAAAGUGUACCAAUUCAGGUAAAGCUGCAACAACAUGUUGAAGUUAAUGAUUCCAAUACACAACAAUUGAUUGGAGACCGACAAAAUUCUUCAGAUGUCCAAAGUACUCAAGAUAUUCCUACCUCAGAAGACCCUUCAGUUAUUUCAACAGACUUGGACACCAUCGAUGAGACCACUACCCAGACAUGCUUAGAAAAUACGAAUAAUUCUGAAACAGUUAGUAUGGAUCAAGUAUUAAUAGAUGAAGUCCCUAGUAUGCCGACCACAAAUGUACCUAUAACAGAGCCAAGUGAGCAACUGGUACAUAAAGAAAUACAAACUGAAAGUAUAGAUAUUGUAUGUUCAAACCAAUUAGAUGUACCAGAAAAUAAUGUGAAAAAUAUAAAUAAUGGACAGUUAGGUAUAGUUGCAGAUAAAUGUACUGAAAACAUAAUUGUUUUACAACAAAAAGUUGUAGAGCUUGAUAUAAAUAGAGAUGUGAAUACAACAAUUGUUCAAGAUGCUUCAGUUAUUCAACAAAAUUUAAUUACUGAAGAAGCUGCUCUGAAUAGUGGUUCCAGUAGUGUUGAGGUACCGACAAACAACAUAGAAGUCAAACCAACACAAUCUGAUAAAGAACUGCCUGAUCUAACAACUGAGUGGACUCCAGUUGAUAAGGAAAAUUUGAUAGCAGACAAUGUUGACACUAAUAUCACAGGAGGUUCGGCAUACAUAGAAGAAUCUAUUGAAAAUAUACAACAAGAAAUGGCCAAACAAUUAGAAGCCAUUACAACCGAAAACAAAACAAUGCAAAACAGUGAACCUAUAACCACAACUACCACAAACCAACCUGAAAUGGAAAAUAAAUCAGUUAUUAAAGAACUAGAAAUUCAAAAACAUUCCUCGACUUUAGGUUUAGAUGACAGUGAAAUUUCCCCUGAUGAAACCAAUGCCAAACUGCUUGUUUCAGAAACCAAAGACAAAGGAAUCUCUGAGUUACUACCAACAACAAUUGUAGAACCUGCGUCCACUGAUAUCAGAGACAAAUUGUCAAAUAUUACAGAUAAAGUAGAAACUACCAGUGAAAAAAUUAUUCAAGACAAUAUGGUCACUGCAGCUGAGUCUGAAAUUAAUACUGCAGAUGUAAAUGACCUCAAAGAUGUACCAGUAUCACCUGAAAACAAAGAAAUUAUAAACCAUGACAAAGAAGACAAAGCUGAAGAAAAGACAAGUUUAAUAGAAGAAAAUCAUACAAAGCCACAACAGCGGCCUGUUAUAUCACUAAAUAAUAAAGCAAGAGAGAAAAUAAAUACAAUACUAAAUGAUUGGGAUGAUAAUGAUGAUCAAGAUGAAAAAGAAGAUGACUUGAAAAAUGAAAGUGAAUUUAUUGUAGCCAAGAACAAUGAUGAAAUUGUGCAGGAAGUAGAAAUGAUACCAGAAGUGAAUGCUGCACAAGAAGCAAUUGAAACUCCUCCAGUUAAAGUAGCUGAAAUCAGUAAUGAAAAAAUAAAAAGCAUUGUAAGUGAUUGGGACGAUGAUGAUGACGAAGAAGAAAGUAAAUGAAAGCAACGCAGUAUACAAAUGUGUAAUGUGUAAAAAGUAUUUAGCACUAGCUUUUACCCGCGACUCCGUCCGCGCGGAAUAAAAAUAGAAAACGGGGUAAAAAUUAU